AUGGCAGUCAUAUGGGGCCUCGACCUCCACGAGAUCCAAUGGGCGAAAUUCAAAUCGGGCAAUAUGUGGAAUUCGCGGUAUCACGGCCGGCGCACCAGGUUCAUCGUGUAUCAACUCGCGAUGAUAUUCACGGUUGUGAGCGAGUCGCUGGGGACGGCGGCGUUAUCUGAUUACACUACCCAGCAACGAUACGUCGCGCAUCUCAACUCGAAUGUAACGGUACACAACAACAAUUUCGUAGGAAUAGCUUCCUACAACAUCUUCGUUGGGAUCUUCGUCGCUACGAUAUUCGGUGCGGCGUUCUUCUUCGAUCUGUUUUGGCCUGAGCGGCACGAGUCUGCCGCAGUGAAAAUGGCGUGGAGGGUUUGCUCCGUGCUAGCUUGCGCAUUUACGCUGUCGUGUGCAUUGGCGUAUACGUACAUUGUGGCUGCGAAGAGCGCGUAUGUUACGGGUGCGAGUCCGGCGGAGGCACGGAGGUUGCUGGAUGCGUAUGGCGGGAGUCCGAUGCUUUAUCGGCAGAAUGGCAGGGCGGUGGCGAGUGUGGUGUUGCUUUGGGUAGGGAUGGUCUUUACGUUUUGGAGUACGUACCUGCUCUGGCACUCGCUGGCUCAUAUUGAUGCUUUUGGGCCUAUGUCUACGCAUGCGAGAAAUGAGAAAGUGGAGGAUGGGAUUGACGAAAGAGAUGGAGAUGUAGAGGUUGCACGGCCAGUGCAGGCUCAUGUGGCACAAGAUAGUGCGGUGUAG